AUGCCUGUGCUGAUCGUGGGGACGAAGGUGAUCAAGGAGAAGGACCUCGGCGAGUCUGCCGCAGUGGAGUACGUCAGCGUGCUGUCUGCUCUCGAUCUCACAACUGCAGGUUCAAUCGUGCCAAACCUGAGAAGGAGCAAGUACACCUGCCACCAACGUGCCAUGGCCCACAAAGCGCUGAAGAAUUACUGCGUCAUCCAGGAGAUGGUGAAGAACAAGGCCUCGAAGGUUCAGGUGAACCAGGAGGAGGUCCAGAGGCUGAUGCAGGCCUUGGUUCUCGACCUGCAAGGCGAUAGGAUUAGCAAUUGGGAUGCUACUGACGUGCAGCAGCUGAAGGAGCUUCACGUCAGGAUUGACUGGAUGACGGUCGAGCCGAAAGAGCCCGCGAAGGGCCUCAAGAGCAAGUUUAUCAGUGGCGUGAAGUUUGCGAGCAGAACGGCGAAAGCUUAUGCGACAAAGGCACUUCAGCUCCUGAGUCUGAAAUCCUCGAUUCUGGGUCGUAGUCACCUUCUAGGCAAGUACACGGUCAAUUUCAUCAAGCAGCUGGGGACGAAUACCAUCCUCUUCUUCGAAGACGGUGAGCAAGGUGCCUUGAAGGCUGCCAAGAAAGGCGGACUUCACACCAGCACCGAGGAGGACUUGAACGCGGAGAGUACAAAAGUGGAGUUAGCCAUGGGGAAUGCCGUCAACGAUGCAGCGCAAGGUGCCGCCAAGGUGACAGCCAAGAGCCUCCACAAAGACUUGAACGCAGGAAAGCUCGAUAGCAUUGACGAUGCUGAAGAGGAGAUCGAAUCUGUGGAAGAGAGUGCCCCAAAUCUUGGCAUCCGUGGCGUGGGCGUCUCGGCAGCGGGCCUUGGUGCCGGACUCGAGGAGGUGAUCGAUUUCCGGAACCGUGAGAUCGGGCAGUUCAAGUGGGGAACUGGUUUCUUCGGACCGUCCGUGACCGGCGUGAGUUUAGGCGGCUACGCCGGUGUCGGAUGGAAAGGCUACAAGCAGAACUGGACGCUGCAGGAGGCGUACGUGACAGGCCUCUACACUGGCGUGGGGCUCUCACCUUCCAUCUUCGGCCUCAACGCCGGCCUGAGCAUUACCUUCGCCACCGACGCUGACAAUUCCGUCCCAGGCCCAUGGAUUCCGGAGCCACAUGGAGUCAACGGCAUCACACUGGGAUGGAGCGCCGGCGCGAGCAUCACAAAGGCAGUCAUUCCGAUGUCUGCGGAUGUCGGGGCGUCCUACUACUGGUAUCUGAAUUCCGAGUGCUUCGGAUCACUAUCCGAAAUGAUCAAGUAUAUCUGGGUGCCUCGCUGCAAGGAUUGCCAAGGGGUCACCGAGAACGCCAAGAUCAUGGCUCUGCGUCUCAGCAUUAACUUGCCUUCCUUUCCCUUCAUCAGCGAAACUGCCUUCUCGCUCUUGGCUGCCAUGUAUGACAAGUUCGUCCGCGAGCCUGGGCACCGGCCGACUGAGUGCUCCCCUGGAAGCGUUACCCUGCGUCACCAGGGCUGCACGUAA